GCAUUCAAACUCGCCUACGCACGCCAGCGCCUUCUCAAAUCAUCCGGCCAUCUCCAGGCCGUAGAAACUGAUCAGGAACCCAUCAGGCUGACAAACAGGCAUCCCGUUUUUCCACCGCCUAUGCCUGUUAUAAGUCCAGACGUCGAUGAAUCUCGGACUGGUUCGACACCUAUAAGUAUCCAAACAGAACAAGCUAGAUAUGCUGAGCCCUUCUUAGAAAAUGGAAUACACAAAGAAUUAAAAGAGGAAGUACGGGGAGGUGACAAGGAAUUUGUUGAAGAGUCAUUGAAACUGUUUUCAACGCCUAGAGUGGCAAAAAAGGAUGUAGCUCUUGAGGUCGACGAUACCUCAAGCAUUCCGCCACCACUCCCCCUGAUGCCGCCUCCUCCCCUUCCAGUUGGGCUCUUGUCCAAAUUAUCAUCGAGUGGGCCUUGUGAUGAAGAGUCUAUCGACUUGGCAAGCGCCAUCUCAACUGUUAACAGCAGUUGUAGCAGUAAUAAUAGCAGUGGUGGCCCUGUUACGUCGCCGCAAACUAACCUGCUUUAUGUGUGUGACUCACCUGCAAAUCCAACUUCAUCUAUUUGCCGAGUGGUCGGACCAGUGAACGACCUCGCUACUGGAGUAGAGGCGAACUUCUCUAGCUGUGUCUUCCAGGCUAACAGGACCACAACCCUUGACCAGACAAAAAAGUGGUCAACACCCGACGAGGACCUGCAGAAACGGUAG